AUAUAAUUUUAAUUAUUAUUAUAUAUAGCUUUAUAUACUAUAUUUUAAAUAGUUAUUAAAAAUGAAAUUACUAGUAGCAUUGAUGUGUGGAUUGGUUUGUAUUGUGAGCGCAGACUAUAGUAUAGAGGACUACAAAGCGGUCGCAAAGUCCCGAAACUUUACGGGUAGUGUAGUUGUAGUGACCGGUUCCUCGUCGGGCAUCGGAGAGGGAAUCGUUAAACUGUUUUCUAUAUUAGGGGCUAAUGUUGUGGUCACCGGAAGGAAAGCACAGGACGUUCAACGAGUGGCCAAAGAGGUCCAAGAAUUGUCACCACUAAAACUGAAGCCAUUAGAAGUUGUGGGAGAUUUGACCAAAACAUCUGAUGUAAACAAUUUGAUCGAUUCUACGGUCAAAACGUUUGGCCGAUUGGAUGUAUUGGUCAAUAACGCCGGUAUUGCGUUGUUUUCAAACAUCACACAACCAGACAUAUUGUCGGUUUGGGAUCAGAUAUAUGCCGUCGAUUUACGCGCUGUCGUAGAACUCAUCCACCGAUCGGUUCCACAUCUGGAGAAAACUAACGGAACUAUUAUUGAUAUUUCAAGUUUGGCUUCACUCGCACCGUUGCAAGAUGCAAUAGCCUAUGGUGCGGCCAAAGCAGGUCUGGAUAUGUUGGGCAAAAUAUUAGCCCUGGAAUUGGGGCCCAAAGGUAUUCGUGUCAACACUAUUAAUCCGGGUGGUAUACAUACCAGAGACCCACCGACUCCUAUUGAAGUCCGCGUCUCUAAAGUGACGCCAUUGGGAAGAGUGUGUCAACCCCUAGACAUCGCCCGUGCGGUCGCAUUCCUGGCCUCCACUGACGGCCAGUUUAUUACCGGCGCUAAUCUGGUAGUCGACGGCGGACUUGUAUAUAAUAUCGACUAUCCUAUAGAGGACUAUAAGGCGGUCGCAAAGUCCCGGGACUUUACGGGGAAAGUGGUUCUCGUGACC